AUGUCAGCGACAAAGGCCUCGAGGAUCGGUGAAGAGCUAUGGAAAACGAGGGUUGACAAAGUCAAUGCGGAGUUGGUCACAUUGACUUACGGUACAAUUGUUGCACAACUAUGCCAGGACUUUGACUCCAACUACCACGAAGUAAAUAAGCAGCUAGACAAGAUGGGCUACAAUAUUGGUAUGCGACUCAUCGAGGACUUUCUGGCAAAGUCAGGAGUCGGCCGGUGUUCCAACUUCCGAGAAACAGCCGACAUGAUCUCAAAGGUCGGAUUCAAGAUCUUCCUGAACAUUUCGCCCACCGUAACCAAUUGGACCAGCGACUUUAACCAGUUCUCUCUUGUCUUUGAAGAGAACCCGUUAGCUGAUUUCGUUGAGCUGCCGGAUGAUGGGAGAGCGCAGGACGAACUGUGGUUCUCUAAUAUCUUAUGUGGUGUUCUGCGGGGAGCUUUAGAGAUGGUUCAAAUGCAAGUCGAAGCGCAUUUCGUUAGCGAUGUGUUGCGAGGUGAUGAUACUACAGAGAUGCGGGUAUCUCUGGUGAGAUAUAUCGAAGAUGAAAUGCCACCGGAGGAGGAGUAA